CAGAAAAAUGUAAAUGAAUUAUUAUCUAACCCUAACCGAAAAUGAAUUCUCAGUCGCCCGUAUAGUAAAUUGCAGUGACUACUUGGUGCAAAGUUCAUCGGGUUUCCUUCUCGAAGGAGAGCGCAGGUCGCUGAAAACCACGCUGCGCAUGUGUCAUCGAUUCGUGAUCGUGUCGUUUGCACCGCGGAAAUGCAACGCGAACGUUUCAUUGUAAAAUAUAUUACGGCGAAUAGCUGCUUCGCACAUCUGUCUGCUACCUGGAUGCGCCGUUUGGAAGCUGAGGAAAACGCGAUCGAAAUAUUACACAGAGGGAGACUGUAUUAUCUCUCUUGCGUUCCUCGCGUUAAUAACGACGAGACAUUAUGUAUUGGAGCAACAUUUGCGAGGUGUUUGAACAUCGAAGAAGGAGACGAAGUACUCGUGUCUUCAGUGAAAAAUGUACCUUCGUUAAGUAGCAUUAAAAUCGCUCCUCUCACGACGAGCGAUCGCGAGCUUCUGGAAUUGCAAAUGGAAAGGGUGCAAUCGAAUCUCUUGAGUCAAGUGAGAAUCGUCGCGAAAGGGCAGCCGAUUGUGGCGUGGAUCUCAAAGUUCUCUUCUGUAACUUUUAUCGCGGAAGAUUCAGAGCCAAAAUUUGCAUAUGGAUUGCUCCAACAAUUCACAGAAGUGCAUGUACUUGAUGCAGUCCCGAAUGCAACAAUCAAGGGGAAAAAAGAGAUGAGCAAGAUAGGCAAUAAUUCUUUAGCUAAAAUCUUGCCUUAUUUUUUCAACAAAAAGGAUCAAUGUGAUUCAAGAAAUAACGCUGCGAAUUAUGCAUUAUUGCAAAGUUUUCGCAAAAAGAGCGCACCUCGCGCAUUUCGUAUUUAUCCUUUGCCGGAGUUCCGGUCCUUUGAUCAUUCGAACGUUUACGAUAUGAUCCUGCGAUGUCCCUGUAAUAUUCUGAUUUCAAGGAGCCACUUGCCGAAAAACGCAAAGUCAACGAAUGGAACAAUUAUGUGUAAAAUAAAAAAAAUACCGGAAGACUGGCAGCAAGUUAGCGUCACUAGCACAAAUUUUCUGAAGGACGAAAGUCCUUCCCCAUUCCCGAAAUCUCCACAAGAGCUUGUCACGAUAAUUUACGUUCUCGAAGACAUUUUAGAAAAGUGUUCUGCGUCGUUAGACAGGGAGUAUUUCCAAUUAAAUUCGAUUCAUUCUUGCGCCUAUCUGUCGGAAAGUUUGAGGAUCACCUUGAAAUUGAAAGUAGGAAGUAGAAUGAUGAUGGAGAUGAUUGAGGAGACCGAACGAUCGCAGCCGUCGUCGGUGGACAUUUUUCCUUCCGAUCAUUCGAUGACGGCGGAGGUUUUCGAGAAUUACGUGAAAUUUCACUCAAAACACGAGGCACUUUUGCUCAAUUCGUCUUCGACAAUUUUGCUCGACGACGAGAGACGAUGUGUUGUGCGAAUGUCACCCGCGAAUUGCGAUUACGUAACGUUAGACGAGAAAAAUAUGAAGAACCUGGUGGUCCACGUUCGAUCUGUAUUGAAUUCGGACGGUGAAAUUUCAGAAAAUUGUACCAAAGAAAAAUUCAAGCUGGAAAGAAUUUCCACGAGAUUUAUAAAGGGUAUCCUUGAAGAUUGCGAGAUCACGCUCGAUCUAAGUUUGGGCUUGAGGAGACCAGUGUACUUCCGGCACGAUCGGGAGAAUAUUUUGAUCUGCGGCGAUUUGGGUUCCGGUAAAACGACUAUUUGCAAAAUGCUAAUUGAGCGUUAUCGCGAAGCGCCGUGUUUCGCACAUACGCAUAUGAUUGAUUGCAGGUCGCUGAAAGGUAAGAAAGUGGAGACAUUGCAGAAAAUGAUCACGUCCGCUAUGAAUGAAUGCGUGUAUUAUCAACCAUCCAUACUGUUUUUGGACGAUUUGGAGUGUAUUACCAAUGCGUCAUUAAAUGACGAGGAGAAUACAAUCGACGCGACAAAUGCUUCCAGGAUCACCGAUAUGCUGCAUAAUAUUGUCAUGCAAUAUCAGCAAUCGCAUUAUAUUUCGGUCGUCUCUACCUGUGCAAAUGUGAACAAGAUCGGCUCGAAAUUACGACCGAUGAGAGGAGCGCAAUUUUUUAAGACAAUCUUGCAGAUUCCUAAUCUCGAGCAGGUGGAUAGAAUCGAUAUUUUGCGAUUAACACUCGACGAGGACAAGUUGUGCGUGCCCGGAGACAUAAAUUGGAAUUACUAUGGAAACAAGACCGAGGGCUGGAUGCCUCAGGAUCUCGUCGAUUUAGCAGAGAAGACGAGAUUCGUCACGUGGAAGCGUCACGCGACAGGCGAAACGAAACCACCGAUCAUCGUGACGGAAGAAGACAUGAACAGCGCAUUAGAGAAUUGCACACCGAUGUCCCUGCAGGAUGUGCAAUUAUACAAGAGCGGUGGUCAUUCUUGGUCCGACAUUGGCGGCCUGGCAGACACGAAGAGCUCUCUCACGGAAAUUCUGCAGUGGCCGCUCACGUAUCCGGACGUCUUCAAGAACGCUCCGAUAAAACUGCAAAGCGGUGUUUUGCUCUACGGAAUGCCCGGUACCGGGAAGACGAUGCUAGCUAAAGCAAUCGCUGGCGAAUGCGGCGUGAAUCUAAUUAGUAUUAAGGGCCCGGAAUUGCUGUCGAAGUAUAUAGGUGUCAGUGAAGAAUCCGUGAGAAAUGUGUUCGAAAGAGCUCGUCGCGCCAAGCCAUGUGUUUUAUUCUUCGACGAAUUCGACAGUCUCGCACCUAGACGCGGACACGACAGUACCGGAGUCACUGAUCGGGUGGUGAACCAGCUGUUAACCCAACUUGACGGGGUUGAAGAUCGCGAAGGGGUAGCUGUCGUGGCAGCGUCUUCAAGGCCCGACUUGCUGGACCCGGCACUUUUGAGACCGGGACGCCUCGACAAGUGUUUACACUGUCCUUUACCGGACGCGGUGGAAAGAGAGGCGAUCUUCGAGGUUCUGUGCGAUUCUCAAAACAUAGACAAGACGAAGUUGAACCUGAAGGAACUCUCCGAUCUUUCCGAAGGAUUUACCGGGGCUGACGUCAACGCGGCGAUUACUCUGGCGAGAUUGUCAGCGUUCGAGGAUGCUUUGGCAAUCGCGACCGAUGGUAAAGUCGGUGCAACUGACAUCAAAGUCACGCAAACGCAUCUCGUCAAGUCCGUCAAAUCGACGAAGCCAUCCCUAUCUAUCGCGGAGAAAUUUAAAUACGCCAAAAUUUACACCAGAUUUUCCAGAGGUGAUAACUUCGCAGAGGACGUGCUAAGGAAUCAGAAGGCCACCCUAGCUUAAUCGAAGAAGUCGAUUAGAUUUUUUUUUUUUUCAAAUAAAGCCAAAACUAUACAAAAAAAAAAAAUACUUUUAUAUUAAAAAGUGUAAUCAGGGAAAAUGAUGAUUUUAAUGAAACUUUGCGGACGUAAGGAAAAUAAAAAAAAUUCCAAAGUCA